AUGACAGUGCAGCAAAUUCGGAUGGUGACAACACCAGUGGAUGUGGCGUUUGGAAGGGAUGCCACACAGAUUGUGGUCAUUGCAAAAGGCCUGCUGGACCGUGCAAGUGUAUCUCUGUACACCUUGGAGCAAGGCAAAGCCAAGGCAGAGGAGGAAUGGAAGUUGGAUGAAAUAUUCAGGAAUGAACCUGCGCUGCGAAUGGUUUCGGCGGUUUCCUCCACGGGAUCCCGUGCACUGAUUCUCUGCUGCUCAGAGAAGAAAGAAGCAAAGUUGAUAUCAGAUAAGGGAGACGUUCUGUCUGUGAUCGAGCCAAAUUCGUUUCGGAACCAUGAUGUCACCUUGUCUGGCGAUGGUCGAUUUCUCUCUGUGGCAUCCUUCACUGCAGAUGCCAAAGUGUGGGAGGUUCAGUUUUCCAGGGACGGCACUUUCAAGGGCACGCCCAAAGUCAUGGACCUCAAGGGCCACAAGGGCCAGGUCACAGCUGUGGCCAUCUCACAGGACUCAAGGAAGGCUGCAACGGCAUCCAAGGAUGGCCAUCUGAAGAUUUGGAACUUGGAUGUGCGGCAUCAUCAGAAGGAAGACGCCAAAUGCCUCCUGACGACUGCACAAGAGGUGCCGAAAGGCCAGUGUUAUGGUCGACUUGUUUUCGGCCCGAGGGAAGCACUCGCGGCUGCGUGGGGCUCACAUGUGCACCUCAUCGACACCUCGACAGGGAGAGUGGCAACGACGAUCGACGACGCCCAUGAUGGUCCCAUCACCAGCCUGGCAUGGGCUCCCACUCUCCUGCAAACAAAGAGCGGGGAAGUGGCCGUGCUGGCCACGGCAGGGGAAGAUGGGCGUGUGCGCCUUUGGAAGGCGCCCCAAUGA